AAUUGGAAAUCUAUUUUAACCUCUUCGAUAUCAUUAAUUCUCUCAGUCUGUAUAUACUAUAAUUACUUAUGGAAUUGUAAUCUCAGCUUACUUUGUUUCCUAAAUAGAGGAUUCUUAGAAUUAUUGAAAAUAUUCAAUACUACUAGAAAAUAAAAGUUAAAUAGUUAUAAUAUUAACAUGUCGUUAAAUACGGCUUUUACAAAUCCUCCUCCUUCUAUUAGUCUUCCAAAUAUGUCGGUUCCACCACCAGCGGCUCCCAAUUUUUCUGCUCCACCUCCAGCAUUAACAAUGAUAAAUACAUCACCAAAUUAUCAAUCUCGUUAUCCUAAUCACAGAGAGAUAAAUCGAGGAUUUUUCAAACCAUUCAGACCAUAUCAUGCUCCUAAAUUGAUUUCCGGUAGUCAAGAAACUUUACAAGAUGAAUUUGAUGGCAAAAGACUACGGAAAUCAGUAAUGCGUAAAACUGUUGAUUAUAAUUCAUCAAUUAUUAAGACAUUAGAGAAUCGAAUUUGGCAACGUGAUUAUAGGGAUAGACGAGCUCUUCAACCAGACGUUAUAUAUUAUCCCGAUCUUUUACCUCCUCCUAGUUAUAUUGAUAAUCCAAUAAAUGCAGUGACAACUAGAUUUGUAAAGACUGCAACGAAUAAAAUGCGAUGUCCUAUAUUUUGUAUGGCAUGGACACCUGAAGGACGACGUCUAGUAACAGGAGCUUCUAGUGGAGAAUUUACAUUAUGGAAUGGUCUGACAUUUAAUUUUGAAACUAUACUUCAAGCCCAUGAUAGCCCUGUUAGAACAAUGGUAUGGUCACAUAAUGAAAGCUGGAUGGUGACUGGUGACCAUGCAGGAUAUGUUAAGUAUUGGCAAAGUAAUAUGAAUAACGUUAAAAUGUUUCAAGCACACAAAGAAGCAAUUAGGGGACUAAGUUUCAGUCCAACAGAUCAUAAAUUGGCUACUUGCAGUGACGAUGGUACUGUACGAAUAUGGGAUUUUUUACGUUGCCAUGAAGAACGAAUUCUACGAGGCCAUGGAGCUGAUGUUAAAUGUGUCCACUGGCAUCCUCAAAAAAGUCUUGUUAUUUCGGGUAGUAAAGAUAACCAGCAACCAGUAAAACUCUGGGAUCCAAAAAGUGGUCAUUCUUUAGCUACACUUCAUGCACACAAAUCCACAGUCAUGGAUGUUAAGUGGAAUGAAAAUGGCAAUUGGCUUGUGACAGCAUCUCGUGAUCAUUUACUUAAGCUUUUUGAUUUACGAAAUUUAAGUCAAGAAGUUCAAACAUUUCGAGGACACAAGAAGGAGGCCUCUAGUGUUGCAUGGCAUCCAAGUCAUGAAGGUCUAUUUUGUAGUGGCGGAAGUGAUGGAGCUAUUCUAUUUUGGCAUGUUGGUGCGGAUAAAGAGGUGGGUGCAAUAGAGCAAGCGCACGAUAGUAUAGUUUGGACUUUAGCUUGGCAUCCGCUUGGUCAUAUAUUAUGCUCAGGUAGCAAUGAUCAUACCUCGAAAUUUUGGACCAGAAAUAGGCCUGGUGAUUUGAUGAGAGAUAAAUAUAAUCUCAAUACAUUACCUGCCGGAGCAGGUGGAAUUGAUGAUCACGAAGUCGCCGAUGAAGCAGCAGUUAUUCCUGGGAUGGGACCCGAAGAUCGAAUAAAUAUUGAUGGCGAGCAAGAGGAUAAACAUGGUGAAAUACCAGGUCUUGACCUUGAUCAUAGCAUUGAUGAGAGUAAAAAAUUAGCAAGUAAAAAAGUACCAUAUAGUAAACCAAUACCGCGCAAUUUCCAAGCUCAGUGGAAUGAAAUGGAAGCUGAAGAUUUGGAACAGGUUGAGGCAUUAAAUGCUAUAGUUAAUCAGUUGAUUGAAACGACGCCAGGUGCAGUACCUCUGAAUGACGUAACACCUAAUGCGAUUAUUUUAUAUGGAAAAAUGAUUCCUGUUGAAUCUGGAUCUAAAUUAGCAGAAGCUAUAUCCAAAGGUGCUGACGCUAUAAAUAAGUUGGUGCAAUCUGGAGAAAUCGAAGAAUUACGUGAUAUUAUAGAAUUGCAAGAGCAACAAGAAGAAAUUGAAGACUAUCUUCUAGAUGAUGGUGAAAUUGAUUAUUCCAAAGUUCCUGAUAUUGAUUUGCCAGCUCCAUUAGCAAGCUCAAAAUUUGCUCAAAAUCCUGAAUUGCUAAAAGCCUUAAAUCGAGGAGGGAAACGUAAAUUUGAUCAAUUAAUAGGGUGGAGUGAUGGAGGUUCAAUUGAUAGAAUGUCUAAAAUUCAUCAACCAGUUUUUAGUGGAGCAUUUACAGAAGAUUCACAGACAAGUGAUAGUGAUCUUAAGUAUGGAAGUAGCAGCUCUGAGAGAUUAUUAAAAGAUAAUUAUACAGAUAAUUAUAAUGAAGAUUACAGGAGAAAUCCGUUAGAAGUUGUAAGAAGCAAUAGAGUUGAAGAACAGGAUUUGAGGCUUAAUUCUAGUGGAUUAGGAAGAUCUACUGAAUCACAUGAAGAAUUAGAUUUAAAAACUAAUUUUUAUGAUAACGAUUUUAGAUUAUUGCAUAAUUCUUUCUCCGAAACAAGCACAUUCACACAGCGAGACGAAGAGAAUAGAUUGCUUUGGGACGAGGAGAAUCGUAAUUCCAGAAAAAUAGAUGGUAGUAGUUCCCAGGGUAAUUUUGAUAAGCGUGAUAUAUCAGGAAAUUCGUAUAAUGGAACUAGUUUGUCGCAUUCAACAAGUCAUCAUAAUAUGCAAAAUAUUAAUCCAAAUAUGCCACCACCUGGAAUUUCUCCAUAUUCAAAUCUUUCUCAACAUCCUUCCAAAAUAAGUUUACAUUCAAAUAUAGAAGGUCCUUUAUCCCAAAUGAUAUCCCAUCACAAUAUACCACCUCCAUUUCGGCCUAAUGGCCCUCCGCCACAAAUACCUAAUACUUUUGGACCUACAAAUUUUAGGACCCAACAAAAUGGUAAUUUUGCUCCAAAUAUUCAUUUUCGACAAUUAAGCCUUUUUCCCACACAAGGGCAUUUUAAUAACUUUUCUGGACCACCACCUAACUUUAGACCAAUAAAUUCAAAUUUUGAUAGAAAUAGUUUUGGUGGAUCUAACUUUAGAGGACAAAGUCCAACUCAACAAUCUGGUGGAACUUCAAAUAAUUAUAAUUCCAAUUUUGGAAGUUUUUCAGGAAAAACUGGACCUAAUCGUAAUACUUCUAUAAUUAGAACAUCAAAUGACACUAAUCGAAAUAACUUCAAUAAUCGUGGUCGUGGAAGAGACAAUGAUCAAUUAAGAGGGCCUCGAGGGCGAGAAAAUUAUUGAUGGGCAAACAGAAUACUUAAUAUUACAUUUAUAUUUGCGUACAAUACCAUAUUGGUAUAAAUUGGUAACUUUUGAAAUAAUACAGUAUUAAUAUAUUAAUUUACAUGUA